CCGUGCCCUGGAACCUUCGGCCGCGCGCUCGCGCCGACCCGCCGGCACCCAGCCCGCAGCGCCGCGCCUGGAGAAUACACAGGCAAAAUGAGCCAUGUUUUGGUCUUAGCUCCAUGGAAGUUGUGUGAUCGUGGGCAGGGAAUUUAGGAGAACGAUUCAAAGAACGGACAUGAAAGAAACUUGAAAAUUACAAACGGCUGCACAGAGGAUUAUUACCAUGGUAAAGUUCAUCAUCAACAUUGUCACCACUGUCGUCAUCCUCUUUACCACAUCGAUAUAUUGAUUCCAAUAUAUAGCAACUGCCGUCUGAAGUAGAAAAGAUGUCAGAGGAUUUGAGCAGUUUUAGCAAAAGCUGGAGUGUUAUUGACCAGAGGCCAGGACAGCGUGUGGGAGAAUGUGAAGAGAAUGGAAGGGCUUCAGAGGAGCAGAUACGGGACUAUGGCUGAAGGCGGGAUAGAACAUAAGCUGUUUGCAACCUCGUCCUCAUUGCGGAUCAUCCUGGUGGGCAAAACAGGCAGUGGGAAGAGCGCCACCGGGAACAGCGUCCUCUGCCAGCCAGUGUUUGAGUCCAGGCUGGCGGCCCAGUCGGUGACCAGGAAGUGUCAGGGGGCAACGGGCACGUGGGAUGGGAGGAGCGUCCUGGUGGUGGACACGCCCUCCAUCUUUGAGGCGAGGGCCCAGGACCAAGAGGCGUACGAGAACAUCGGGGACUGCUACCUGCUCUCGGCCCCGGGGCCUCACGUGCUGCUGCUGGUGACCCAGCUGGGGCGCUUCACAGAGCAGGACGUGGUGGCCGUGACCAGGGUGAAGGAGGUCUUUGGGGCGAGAGCCCUGAGACACACGGUCAUCCUCUUCACCCACAAGGAGGACUUAGGGGACGGAUCCUUGCAUGACUACGUAGCAAACACAGACAACGUCAGGCUGAGGGGCCUGGUCCGGGAGUGUGGGCACAGGUACUGUGCCUUCAGCAACCAGGCCUCCGGGGACGAGCAGAGGAAGCAGCUGGCCGAGCUGAUGGCCGUGGUCGAGGGGCUGGAGAGGGAGCUCCAGGGCGCCUACCUCAGCAACGACCUCUUCUUUGAUGCACAGCGGCUCCAGCAGGGCGGGGGCGAGCCCCAUGGAGAAGGUCACGUGCGCUACCUGGCCAAGGUGCGGUCGCAUAUUGCAAAGCAAAAGCAAGACCUGAGAGAGGCCCAGAGAAACCGCGCCUUCAAGGCGCUCCUGCGAGUCAAACGCUGGAUCGUUUCUCACAUCAGAAUAUUUGCUGUUUUUGUUAUAUGCUUUUUGAGUUUGCUUGCCAUUUUAAUUAGCUUGUGUAGCACUCACGAAUGCUGAGCAUUUUCAGAUGAUACCUGCCAUCAGCUUCCAUUUUUUCAGAGUCAGUAUCUUUGUCUAUGUUGAUAAGGAACUUUAUUUGCGUUUCGUGUAGUUUCACUUUCAAUUUCCCUUCCUUGCAUCGGACACACCGUCCAUUUUCUUCAGCUGCAUUUUAGGUAAAUAAAAUCCAAAGGAAAAUCCCCUUUUUGUUUUGUUAAAAAUGGUGAAAGCAAAUAAUAAACUAACUGGAUACAGUCGUGAAAUAUUAGGGAGCUUGCAGGAAGGAAAGUGAGUGGACUGUCACGCUGUGUGAGCAUCUCAGCUCUGUGACCUACUUUUUACAGCCUUGCGGUUGAGGAGAGAAACA